AUGUCUCUGUCCUGCCUAGUGCCCGAUGACGUAAGCAUAUCUGUGACGGCCAAUGACUGCAGAGGAGACGACACUGUUCCUGAUACAACCAAUCCAAUGGGAAUGUUUGAGUACACCAUUGGACAAGAAAGUUUGGCGACCGAGGCCACGGUGGCAGAGGAGAAGUUGGUGUGUAUGGGCUUGAACAACCAGAACUACACUUGUGAAUCUGGUCACUGCUGUGGAGAAACACAGUGCUGUAGCUACUACUAUGAAUUGUGGUGGUUCUGGUUGGUGUGGACUCUGAUUGGCAUCCUGACAUGCUGCUGUUUGUGUCAACACUGGCGCUCCAAACAGCGCUUCCAGCAGCAGCGCCGGCAGAACGAGAUCAACCUCAUUGCCUACAGAGAAGCUCACAACAACUCUCAACUUCCCCUUUAUCUCAGAUUCUUACCCUCCUACCUGUUGCCAGCCUAUGACGAAGUUGUUGACCGUCCAGCUACUCCCCCACCUCCUUACACACCCGUCCUGGCAACACCUCCGCUCACAGAAAGACAUGAUGAAUCCUGUCACCACGCAACCAUAUCCUUCCCUAGUGAUGCAGUUUGCAACGCCAUACCAGGGAUUCCACAGCCCCACUCUGAAAGUGCUUCCAACAACAAGGAUUUGUCGCAGGGCAGGUACCGGCGCUUCACAGGGGACUCUGGCAUUGAAGUGCUCGACGGGCACGAGUUGUGGGAUCGGGACGAUGGCGUUGGACAAACUGAGGAUGCCUGUGUUCACUGUGGUUCCCUGGAAUGUGAGAGCAACAACUUUAAUCAUGACCUGAGCAAUGAAAAUGCAGAUGAACACACUACAACAGAUCCAGACCCACAUUUUAUUAGGUGA